AUGAAGGUGCUCAUAUUGAUAAGUGUUAUGUGCCUACGAUUGAUGCUCAGCGAUAAAAUCAUAGAGAUCGAUAGUUCACUAAAUCAGAUCAUCAUAACGACCACAAAAGAGGGCCCGAUUGAUAACUUGCGAAUUCGUAUUCUGUAUUCGGAUUUAUUUGUGGCAAGAGAAACGCUUUUUUUGGAUCUGGCUGGACCACUUCUUAUGAUAUCACGAGGUCGAUAUACGAUAAAUUUUUUGCGAUCGGAUCGAUGGUAUGGAGUGACGUUGCAUAGUGUGAAUGUUAUCGAUGGUAUCGAACAGGUGCAUGUAGACGAGAGACUCGUCAAGACUCAUUCUACGCAUUCAUCUUCACUGGAUAUUGGUGUUCAGGUGACAAAGCAACGCAAAGGAAUAGAAGAAGGCUAUCGUUUAGCAGAUAUAUUAAUGAAUGCUCAAUGGACAAAUGCAAUGAGUAGAAAUAACCUCAGUGAAGCGGUUGUGAAAAUUCGAAUCUUAUGUGACGGAUCGAUGCUUGAAGAGAGUUUUGUUUUGGACAAAAAUCACUUCAAUCGUACAAUCGUAUUACAGCUUGAAACACUCUAUGAGAUUUCUUGGAAUGAGUCCACUCAAUUGCUCACUGCCAACAUGACACCUAAGUACUGUCAUAGCAGUAAUAGUAUUGGCAGUAAUGAUAAUUCUUCGUUGAUAUCAGCGAAUUCGAGAAUUGCGCAUCUGGUGUUUCAACCAGACCCGGUUCAUUUAACCGAUUUUAACCGGCCAACUGAACCGGGUCUAGCAGCGGAAAUACCAGCGCAUGACGCAGUUAAAAUACCGGAUGAGCUAUCGCCGCCGCCCAGUGUAUGGCUGGCUCGAGAUUCACUGUUUAGUGGCCAUACGAUUGCGGUUCAAUUGAAUUUGGCGUGUUCUCUGGAUGAUACGGAUAUGACGACGACGACGACGGCUACGGCUACGGCUAUAUAUGAAUAUACUGAUUAUAAUUAUAAUGACGAGAACGCUACUGAGGAGGAAUAUAUUUGGCUGAGUGAUUCGCAACCGAAUAUAACGUUACGGCAAAUUGAUUUGCACGAAAUAAUCUGCGACGAGACUCGUCGUUGUGCUGACAGUAAUAGUAAUGAAAUUAUUACUCUUAAUAAUAAUAAUAAUAAUAAUAAUACUGCGGUGAAUAAAUCGAUGCUGUGUAAUAAGAAGUUGAUAUGUUACAAAGUGAAAUUCUUAAUCGAAAAUGAUCUCUAUGAAGUGGACAAUGGUCAGCCAUACUGCGAAAGUAUCACGCAGCAUUAUGCACUGAAUCGAGCCAGUGCUCUUUGGUUCGAUGUUGAAUGUGUUACGUUGAUGAUGUUACGCUUUCUACGUUAUCACAUACAACCACACUAUGGGGAAUUCAAAGCUGAGGAUGUGCACCAUUUUUAUAAAUAUAAAACGGUCAUUUUUAAAACUACAGCGCGUCAUGGUUUUCCGCAGAACGUCUGUUCGGUUGCACAUGAUCCCGUAUCGGGAAUUAUGGCCAUUGGUACGCGGAAUGGAGAGAUAAGAAUUUUUGGUGCAGAAAAUGUGGAGUGGAGUUGUACAGUGCCAGGUGGCUGUAUUGGUGUGUCACAUAUGUAUUUUGUGAUCGGUUAUGGUGCGUUGUUAGUAUUGUGCGCGGAUCUAUCAUUUCAUAAGUUUGAAUUGAGUUCGGAUUCCAUUAAACGAACCACGGCGUGCCACGAGGAGAGAUUGAAACGAAUAACGUCGUGCGAGAUGCUGACUUUAAAUGAUAAAUCAGAUUCACGGCUGCUAGUGGGCACGGUGACCGGGAAUGUGUUUGCGUUGCAUGUGAAUAGCUUGGAAUUGUCUGAAGUGAUCUUGUUCGAGGAGAAUAUUCUGCAAAGCGUAGCAUCGUUGAGUGAUAUGGCGAGCAGAUCAGUGGAUUUGAUAGUGAUUGAUUCGAACGAUACAACCAAAUUAUUGAUCUUGUUUAAUAGCGUAUGUGUGGUUUAUUAUGACACGAUUAAGUGUGAAGUGCUACGGGUGUGGAGUCAUCAGCAACCCGUUACGUUUAUUUCGUGGACAGUAAACGAAAAUGAGUUCGUAUGCUCACACGUAGAUGGUUCGUUUGACGUAUGGUGCCUGAACAGCGAACAGCCAGUGGAACCGUCAACAAUUUUAUUCGGACCAUAUCCAUGCACGCCAAUCACUAAAAUAUUGUGUGCUUGUACAAUUAGUGAUAGUAGAAAUGAAAUGGUGAAAUUGUUUUGCGGUGGUAUGCCAAGAGCAUCGUAUGGUGAUCGUUACACAUUGACUGCGAUGCGUUCGUCGAAUCGAGUGAUAGUGUUGGACUUUGCGAGUAGUGUGGUGGAUUUCUUUAUUAUACCGUCGGUGUGUUCUUCUACAGAAGGAAGAAGGCAAGGAAAUUUGAUUUGGGAUGGGAUGGAUGGCAAUUGCUUGAUGGGAUGGCAGGCAGACGGCAAUUAG